AUGUUUCUGCCACACAGCAUCGAGACAGACCACAAGGACCUCAUCCAUGAUGUGUCUUUUGACUUCCACGGGCGCCAGAUGGCCACCUGCUCCAGUGACCACAGUAUCAAGGUCUGGGAUAAAAGUGAAAGUGGAGAUUGGCAGUGUACUGCUACUUGCAAGUCACAUAAAGGGUCUGUAUGGCAUGUGACAUGGGCUCAUCCUGAAUUUGGACAAGUUUUGGCUUCCUGUUCUUUUGACCAAACAGCAGCUGUAUGGGAAGAAAUAGUAGAAGACUCAAACAAGAAACUUCGAGGCCAGAGUCACUGGGUGAAGAGGACAUUUGCUCCCAAACAUAUGGGUCUGAUGUUAGCAACCUGUUCAGCAGAUGGCAUAGUAAGAAUAUAUGAGGCUCCAGAAGUUAUGAAUCUCAACCAGUGGUCUCUACAGCACGAGAUCUCAUGUAAGCUGAGCUGCAGCUGUAUUUCUUGGAACACUUCUGUCUCUGAUGCUCACUCCCCAAUGAUCGCUGUGGGAAGUAGUGACAACAGUCCAAAGGCAAGCAAGGUUCAGAUUUUUUAGUACAAUGAAAACACCAGGAAGUAUGCAAAAGCAGAAACUCUUAUGACAGCCACAGAUCCUGUUCAUGAUAUUUCCUUUGCUCCAAAUUUGGGGAGAUCUUUCCACAUCCUGGCAAUAGCCACCAAAGAUGUAAGAAUUUUCACAUUAAAACCUGUGAGGAAAGAACUUACUUCUUCUGGUGGUCCCACAAAAUUUGAAAUCCAUGUCUUGCCUCAGUUUGACAAUCACAACUCUCGGGUCUGGAGGGUGAGUUGGAACAUAACAGGAACAGUGCUAGCAUCCGCAGGAGGUGACGGCUGUGUGAAGUUGUGGAAAGCUAAUUACAUGGACAAUUCGAAGUGUACUGGUAUUUUGAAAGGUAAAGGGAGCCCAGUAAAUGGGAGUUCUCAGCUGGGAAACUCAAAUCCUUCACUAAGCUCAAAUAAUCCAAGUCUUCAAACCUCAUUGCAUGGACCUUCUGCUGGCAGCAUGCACAGCUGA